AUGACUCCAAGAAGAAUUGUACGUGUCAGAGUUAAGAGAUUACUACUCAGCUGUGUAAACAAGACGAGAAAUCGCAGUCUCCCAAUAUUGCAACGUGGAGAUCAGACAACCCUCGACAUGAUCGAGGGGGAUUUGGAAUUCCAGCCAGCAAACUCUUAUCUCCAUGCAAGUCUCGACGCAAGACAUAAAGAGCGCCAACAAGACUUCGGUACAUGA